GCGGUAGUUGCCGAUAGAUCAUAAAAUGGUGACUUUUUCGCGGGAAAUAAAAUGUUUUGAUGAAUUGGCGUAAGAAUUCGAUAAGAUCGUUUCAUUGGUUAUUAUAUAAUAUAUAGAACGUCCUUAACUUAUAAGAGUACAGAUUACGUAAUUAAAAAAACAAAUACAAUGGCUAAUGCAGAAAAUAUUUCCACAUUUUAUGCCAAAGGCAAAGAUUACUGGGAAAUGGUACCAGCAACAAUUGAUGGUAUGCUUGGAGGAUUUUCAGAAAUUUCAAAUAUCGACAUUCAGGCAUCUGCUCGAUUCUUGAAUACUUUUCUUCAGGAUAAAAAGAAUCCUCUUGGUCAUUCUCGAGCAAUAGAUUGUGGUGCAGGAAUUGGCAGAAUCACUAAACAUUUUCUACUGAAGAUCUUUGAUAUUGUUGACAUGGUUGAACAGAGCCAGAGAUUUCUUGAUCAUGCUAGAGAAUACAUUGGAUCAGAAGCAAAUAGAGUGGAUAAAUUAAUAUGUUGUGGUCUUCAAGAUUUUGUUCCGGAACCAAACACUUAUGACGUCGUAUGGUGUCAGUGGGUCACGGGACACCUUACCAACGACCAUUUCAUCACUUUCCUAAAGCGAUGCAAAGCCAGUUUAAGAAAAAAUGGCGUUAUCGUAAUAAAGGAUAAUUUAUCAUCCACCGACGAAGUAGAAAUGGACAAUCAAGACAGCAGCGUCACUCGUCCACGAAGUCUGCUUCUAAAACUCUUCAAAGAUGCCGGAUUGGAACUUUUAGCCGAAAGAAAACAAUACAAAUUUCCCAAAGGAUUGUACGAAGUCAAAAUGUUUGCACUCAGAUGAUCUGUGAUGAGAAUUCUAGUCUGAUUUGUAUGGUAUCUUUUAAUAACAUUUUUUACAAAACACUAGAUGUUCCUAAAUAAAAAUGUCCAAAACUGCCA